AUGAAGGUCAGUACUCUGUUUUCUCGUAACCGGGAGCACGUCAGCGACGUCGUCAUCGGCUCUGUGAUCCUACGCAGUGAACACUACCACAAUUACUAUCGUAACGACACUUCAGAAUGGCGAACAGAUAGAUGCUCUCCGACUUCCAGCUCCUCGUCUUCUGCAGACAUCAAGAGUGGACUCGAUUUCAUCGAUGCAAGUCGUUUGCCUGGCAUCACAGGUCACAAACGAGCUCACACCGAUACCUUGAACUGCCGAACGCCUUACUCGGAACUACACCAGACUCAUGCUGUCUCGUCUGCCAUUGACUUCGAAGCCAAAUACGCAGCCGAGCUUGAGUUCCGACGCCGACGGAAUCGCAUACACAAGGCACGCUACAAGAUGAAGCAGCGAAAACUCGAAAUGGAUCUCGUGGAAUCUGUUGCAAACCUGAAAGACGAGGUCCAGGAGCUUAAGAUGCAGUAUAGAUUGCUAUCAUAUAGAGUUCCGACUACCACUACGAUUUGGGUCAUCGCUGCCGAGUACUUUCGUCUCUUUCGCCACGGCAUCAAGGGACCAGUCAUCAAGAAAGAGCCCGUUCUCACUGCUACGACGACAAGCCUCACCAUAAACCAAGCCCAACGGCACUUUAUCGAGACGGUGAUGGCAGACGAUGUCACAGACGGUGUGAUCGUCGGUAUCCAGGCGUUCAUUGAUAGUAUCGCUCUUCACUACCAGUGCUACGACGAAAUCGACCUACGGCCUCUGCACAUGGUCUAUGGACCGGGUGAUUCGCUCGUCGUCACAACCAAAUGCGAGCUCACCAUUACUGAUAAAACGGUUUCCCCAAUUUGGUGA